CGCGCUGAGGCUGCGCAGCCGCAUCCAGCGUUCACGUCGUGUUGUUGUCCAGCAAUUGUUCUCCUACGUCUGCAAAACUACAACUUAAACCUGUUUAAACAGCAAACCGGGCCUGAAUGUACAGUAUUCCUUUAUCAUUGUGGGGCAGCAAUGGUGACCAGGGUGGCCGUGGUAACGGGUGGUAACAAGGGCAUCGGCAAGGCCAUCGUCCAGGCUCUCUGCAAGCAGUUCGAGGGCGACGUUUACCUCACGGCCAGAGAUGAGGGGCGGGGUCGGGACGCCGUGGCGUCCUUGUCCUCCGAGGGACUGAAGGUCAACUUCCAUCAGCUGGACAUCAACGACGUCGGCAGCAUCACCAAAGCGGCAGCCUUCUUCAAAGACAAGUAUGGUGGUGUGGACGUGCUGGUCAACAACGCCGGCAUCGCUUUUAAAGUGGCGGACACGACUCCGUUCGCUACCCAGGCGGACGUCACGCUGAAGACCAACUUCUUUGCCACUCAAGACAUGCUGACCCACUUCCUGCCUCUGGUCAAGGCUGGAGGCCGCGUGGUCAACGUGUCCAGCUUCGUCAGCGUGCGCAGCUUGAGCCAGUGCAGCCCGCAGCUGCAAGAGCGUUUCCGCAGCGAGGACAUCACCGAGGAGGAGCUGACGGGACUCAUGCGACGCUUUGUGGACCGCGCCAAGAAAGGAGAGCACAAGCAGGACGGCUGGCCUGAGACGGCGUACGGCGUGUCCAAGAUCGGAGUCACGACUCUGUCCAUGAUCCAAGCCAGGCGUGUGUCCAAAGAGAGACCAAACGAUCAGAUCCUGGUCAACGCCUGCUGUCCUGGCUGGGUGCGCACAGACAUGGCCGGACCCAAAGCCACCAAGUCUCCAGAGGAGGGCGCUGUGACACCCGUCUACCUGGCCCUGCUUCCUGCUGGAGAGACGGAGCCUCACGGCAAGUUCGUGUCGGACAAAGCGGUCCACGCCUGGUGAAGGCCAGCUUCGGGAACCAAAUUUUAUAUUUUAUAUAAGCUUUGAAAUCCAAAUAAAAGACAUCAAGAUGAA